AUGGUUGAAGUAAAAGAUUGCGCAGAUCUUUACGAAAAUGGCAAAAGAGUCAGCGGAAUCUACAAAAUUGAUCCCGGCAAUCGUGGCAGUUUUAAUGUCUGGUGUGACAUGAAGACAUCUUUAGGUGGCUGGACCGUGUUUCAACGUCGUCUUAAUGGUAGUGUUGAUUUCUACAGAGGAUGGCAAGUUUACAAAAAUGGCUUUGGAAUUCUAAAAUCAGAGUUUUGGCUUGGAUUAGAUAAAAUAAACAGACUGACAUCUAGAACAAAGAAUAGGCUUCGCAUUGACAUGGAAGACACUAAAGGACACAAAAAAUACGCUGAAUAUGAUUUUUUUUCUGUUGCAAGUGAAAUGCAGAAAUACAAGUUGGACCUUGGAACAUAUUCAGGAACUGCCGGUGAUUCGUUGAAACUCCACAAAGGAAUGGCAUUUUCGACGAAAGAUUCUGAUAACGAUAAAUCACCUGGCAAUUGUGCAAGCGUGUAUAAAGGCGCAUGGUGGUAUAAAAGUUGUCAUGGUUCUAAUUUAAACGGGAUCUAUCAUCAUGGUGAACACUCCUCAUAUGCUGAUGGUAUCAAUUGGGUAGCGUGGAAAGGCCAUUACUACUCCUUAAAAUUCACAGCCAUGAAAAUAAGACCUUGUUAA